UCAAUAAUGUUUAUAUAUAUUUUUUCCGGUUCUUGUAGAGGAGGGACAAGAGAUUCAUCAGUCUGAUAUCUCCGGAUCUCCUUGGCCUUUGUUAUACAACAACUUCUAUACCCUUUUCUAAAGCGUAACCCUCUUCCUUCUUCCUUCUCCCUUUUCUUUCGCUAACGUGAACUUGUACCUUCUUUUUAUAUUCUCACGCUUUUCUCCUCCUCACAAACUCUAACUUUCUCAUCUCUUUCGCCGACCCACUUCGUCAAUUUACUUCUCUCGAUAGAUUCACUUUUCUGGGGUCAAGGGUUUUCUUGUUGUGCAAUUUUGAGUUUUUUCUUGUAAGUUGUGUAUAUUGUAUCAAUGGGUUCGAAUUUCCAUACUGAUAUCUUGGGUUCGUGGAGUUUUAGCGCGUUAGCUGAGGAAUCAGAGAAGGGAAUUGAUUUGAGUUGCGAUGAUGUCUGGGGCUCAUGGAGUUUCAGUAGUUUAGAUAAGGACUUUUUAGAUAAAGAGUCGGAGGUUAGUUUCGGUCAAGAACUGGGGAGCGCUAUGAAUGAGUUGCCUAUGCCUACAUUCACGGCAAUCAUUCAAGAUCUUGAGAUGGAUGUUGGAGAUUUAUGGGGAUGUAAGCGUGAAAAACACGAUGGAGAUCAAAAAUCCUUUUCUGGUCUCAAUCUGUUGAGGUUUCAACAAGGGAAGGAUAACUUGCAAUUUGAUGAAAUAUCGAUUCCAAUUAGUAGUUUUAGUCAAUUUGGGAUUGGUAAUGGAAUUUCUUAUGGUGAUAAUUCUGGUUGUAGUGGGAAUGUGAUUUUAAAUGUGAAUGAUGGGGUUGCUUGUAAUAAUGAGGCUAAGGAAGUUUCUUUUGGUUGUGAUGAAGGAGGUGCUCCUCAUGAUGCCUUUUUUUUUGCUCUGGGUUAUCUGGGAGUGAAGGACCUCCUUGCUGUUGAAAGAGUUUGUAGGUCAUUGCGUGAUGCAGUUAGGAGUGAUCCCGUAUUAUGGAGGAGCAUUCACAUUGAUCAACCUUUGAGUUUGAAGCUCAGUGAUGAUGCUCUUUUGAAGUUGACUGAUAGGGCAGUCGGCACUCUUCAAUGCCUGAGUCUUGUGAACUGUUGUAAAAUCACUGAUAGUGGCUUGAAGCGUGUGCUUGAAAGCAAUCCAGGGCUGAACAAGCUUUGUGUGCCAGAUUGUUUCAAACUCAGCAUUGAGGGCAUUUUGUCUAAUUUAAGAGCCUUCAUGUCCGCUGGCACUCCAGGAAUAAAGCACUUAAGAAUUGGUAGACAAAUGGGUAUAACAGACAAGCAGUUUGAAGAAUUUAAGUGCAUACUUGGUGAGGAUGACAGUAUGCAGCUGAGAACCCCUAAACCACAGUUUUCCGGUUUUGGACAAUUAUAUCCUCCUUGUGAUGAUGAUCGUGCUUUUGAUGUUGAGAUAUGCCCUAAAUGCCAAAAACCGGGGCUAGUCUAUGACUGCCCAAGAGAGAAUUGCGGGGCAAAAGAUCAUGCCCCUCAGUUUUGUAGGGGUUGCACGCUUUGCAUAUCACGAUGUUUUUAUUGUGGGUGUUGUCUUGAGGACUAUGAUUAUGUGGAGACAUUUUGCCUAGAUGUGCUAUGUUUGGAUUGUCUGAAAAAGUUGGUAGAAACGUCAAAAGUUGCUUCCUCUUCUAAAGGCACCAUUUUUUGUAAAGAGAGAAGAUACAGAGUUUCAUUUUUAUGACUACUGUAGGGGAUAGAUGGAGUUUCUUGUCCCAAAAAGGAAAAAAAAAGGGGAAAAAAAAAAAAAAAGAAAGAAAGAGAUAGCAAGGGGACAUAUGGACUAGAAUCCACAUGAUUUGCUGUGCAGAUAAUUAGCGCAAAUAUAAUAGACAGCCAUUGACCUUGUGCCAAGAAUUUCAAGCCAUUAAAUCUGUUGCCAGUGGUAAUGAAUCUUGCAUUUUGCAACUUAUGAGGCAGAGUCCCUAUUGCUGUCUGAUUUUCUGGUUCGUGUUUGGUUGCUGCAUUGAAGGAAAAACUUUAGUUUGUGUGGAGGAUAUCUUGAAAAAGGAAAAAUAAAGAGAAAAAGGAAAAGGGAGAUGUACAAGUAAAGAAAUAAGGUGGCUGAAAAGAGAAGAAAUGGAGAAUUUGUGUGGAGGAUAUCUUGAAAAAACCAAUUGCAGAUAUAGUUAAUCGAAUAUUUGGUUUCUGAAUUAGUUUAUCGCAGAAAUAAAGAUUUUUGCUGUGGCAUCAACUGCGGAUUACAUAAAGCUACACUGUGGAACAAAUAUUUGUUGGGAAGCGGGGAGCAUCAAUGUGCAGUGCAGUGUUGGUAUGUUAUAGUGCAACUGGAGUUGUUAGCUGUAUUCUAGUUGACUAUGGCUAUGGCUUGGAGAACACAAGUUGAAUACGAUGGGAAAAAAUGUGUAGAUUUAUGACUGCAAUGUUGAUCAGAGAUUGAAUUGUAUCAAAGCAGCUGAAUAUGGUGGAGAAAAAAAGAUGUCUCGUAUGUUGUUCAACAGAGAUCGAGUUGUGUUGUGUUGGGGGAGUUAAAUAUGGUGGAG